AUGCUGUUCAGAAUAAUUACCCAAUCCAAACCCGACCCGAAUUUGAAUCUUCCUCCGGGGCCGAGGAAGCUGCCGUCGAUCGGAAAUUUGCACCAGCUCGCCGCCAGUUCGAAGCUGCCGCACCAAGUGUUGACCGACUUGGCUGGAAAAUAUGGACCGGUGAUGCACCUGCAAUUUGGCCAAAUCAGCACCGUAGUAAUUUCUUCGCCGGAAGCCGCCAAAGAAAUCAUCAAGACACACGAACUCACUUUUUUCAACAGACCGGAAAACAUAGCCGCGGAAAUUAUAUUUUACAACCACUCGGAUUUGGCAAUGUCGCCAUACGGCGAAUACUGGAGACAGUUGCGCAAGUUCUACACCGUGGAGCUGUUGAGCGCGAAAGGAGUCCAAUCGUUCCACGCUUUAAGAGAACAAGAGUUUGCGAAUUUGUGCAAAUGGAUCGCGUCGAAAGAAGGUUUGUCGAUCAACUUGACUGAGAAGAUCGGCUUCACUACUUGUGAUAUUAUAAUGCAGGCGUCGCUUGGGAAAAAGACCGACGAACUAAGCAAAUUCACGAACAUAGCCAAUAAGUGCGUCGAGCUCGCUUCUGUAUUCAAUCUCGCGGAUUUCUAUCCUUCGGAAGUGUUUACGGCUGGAAUCGAAACAUCCGCGAUGACUACGAAUUGGAUUAUGGUCGACAUGCUGAGGCACCCGAGGGUCCUUAAGAAGGCACAAGACGAGGUGAGACUGGUUUUCAAGGACAAGGGAUUUGUGAUGAGUCUUCGACGAGCUCAAGUAUCUAAAGUUAGUCGUAAAAGAAUCUCUAAGGAUCCAUCCGGGUUUACCGAUACUUUUUCCAAGAGAAAGUACGGAGCAAUGUGA